AUGUCUAAACCUACAAUUGGCUUUGUCGGCCUCGGAGCCAUGGGCUUCGGGAUGGCCACCCAUCUCGUGAAGGAGGGAUACCCCGUGCACGGGUUCGACGUCUUCCCCGCAUCCGUGCAGCGGUUCCACACGGCGGGGGGCAUCCCCGCCGCGUCGCUCAAGGAGUCCGCCGCGGGUAAAUCUUUCUACGUCUGCAUGGUAGCGUCUGCUCCGCAGGUACAGUCUGUACUUUUUGGCGAGGACGGCAUCGUCCAAGCCCUCCCCCAAAACGCAACCCUCCUCCUCUGCUCCACUGUCCCCGCCUCCUACGCACAGUCCGUGGCCACAGAAUUACAAUCAUGCGGUCGCAGCGACAUCUACUUCAUUGAUUGCCCCGUCUCCGGGGGCGCCAUCCGCGCCGCCAACGGCACGCUGUCGAUCAUGGCGGGCGGCACCGAAGAGGCCCUGCAGAGCGGGCGCGACCUGCUCCAGGCCAUGUCGGCCCCAGACAAGCUCUACCUCGUACCCGGGGGCAUUGGCGCAGGCAGCAACAUGAAGAUGGUGCACCAGGUGCUGGCGGGAAUCCACAUCCUGGGCGCCAGUGAGGCGAUGGGCCUCGCGGCGCAAUUGGGCCUGGACGCCCGCAAGACGGCGGAUGCGAUCAUGGCGUCGGAGGCGUGGACGUGGAUGCACGAGAACCGGUUGACGCGCAUGCUGGAGGAGGACUGGAAUCCGGGGGCUAGUGCGCUCACGAUUAUUUUGAAGGACGUCGGCAUCAUCACCACCUCCGCCCGCCAGGCCCACUUCCCCACCCCCCUUUGCUCAACCGCCGAACAAGUCUACCUCUCCGCCCUGCUCCAAGGCUACGGAGCGAAAGACGACUCCUCCAUCGUCCGCCAAUACUUCGCGACCCCGAUCGCAGCCGUAGCGGCGACCGAAGGCGAAGACCAAUCCACCAAGCUACAGCUAGUGCUCGACCUCAUGCGCGGCGUCAAUCUAGUCGCAGCCGCCGAAGCGGUCGCCUUUGCGCGCCAUCUGAACGUCGACCUGGGGCAGUUCCACGGGCUGGUGCGCGAGGCGGCGGGAGCCAGCCGCGUGUUCAUCAACCAGGGACUGGAGAUGAUCGAGGGCAGGAUCGGGGAUAAGGCGCCUGCGGGAUCGCAGUCGCUCGACGAGGCCGUUGCGCGAUUGGAAACGGUGGUGCAGCGGGCACGCGACCUGCACUGUCCGCUGCAUUUGGGCAAUGCGGCGCUGACGGCGCUGCUGACUGCGCGACGGGCGGGGUUCGGAGGAGAGGCGAGCACGAGCGUGAUCAAGGUGUGGCAUUAG